AUGGUCAAAAAGCUGAAGAAAAGGAAAGCUGCCAAGGCUGGCGAGGUGGCAGUGCCCCCAGAUGCAGCUGCUCCUGUCCAGAAACCCGCACGAAAGCGACGGUCAGCUGUGGCAAAUGCUGAUAAGCCUGGCUCUCCACCAGCAAAGGCGGAAGCCACUGAAGCCGAAGUAACAGAAACGAAGCAGACCCUCUUUCAGACCAAUGCGUCCUUUUCCAAGUUGGGACUUGCAAAGUGGAUUGUGCAGACCUGUGCCAAGCUGGGUAUGAACUACCCAACCGACAUUCAAGCCAUGUGUAUCCCCGCUGUUUUAGCCGGUAAGAAUCUCGCAGGCAAUGCUCGGACUGGAAGUGGAAAGACGGCAUGUUAUAGCAUGCCAAUCCUGCAUCAUUUGUCAAAGGACCCCUAUGGAGUUUUUGCAUUGAUCUUGGUGCCCGUUCGUGAGUUGGCCUUUCAGGUCACCGAAAACUUUCGGGCCAUGGGUCAGGCCAUUAACGUCAAGGUGGGUGAGAUUGUGGGUGGACGAGACUUCUCCAUACAGAGCAAAAUGAUCGCGGACCGAACCCAUGUGAUCGUUGCCACUCCUGGUCGCUUAGCAGACCUACUGCGUGGCGAUUUUGCUCUCGCUAAAGCUUUCCGCAAGUUGCACACACUUGUCUUGGAUGAGGCUGAUCAAUUGUUGACCCAGACCUUCGAGGAGCCCUUGGGUCAGAUCUUGGAGCUGUUGCCAAAGGAGCGCCAGACACUCUUCUUUUCCGCCACUAUCACACAGUGCAUCCAGAAGUUGAAGAAAGGAAAGGAUCUCACCUUCAUCGAUGCUAAUCCAAAUGAAGAAAGCCUGGAGAACCUGACUCAGCUUUAUGUCUUUGUCCCAAAGUCUGUCCAGGUCAAUUACUUGCACUAUCUUCUGCGGCAGCAUUUUCCCGAGGAUAGCUGCAUUGUUUUUGCUGCCACAAUUGAGGAGUGUCAGCUCUACACCACAAUGCUGGACAUUUUAGGUUUUGAGGUCACAGGCCUUCACUCCCUGCAAACUCAGAGACAAAGGUUAGCCAGUUUGGGCAAGUUCCGAGCAAGUCGGGCCAAGAUUUUGAUCGCAACUGAUGUGGCCGCACGUGGGUUGGAUAUUCCCAUGGUGGCAGUGGUGAUCAAUUUAGGUUUGCCCUACGAUUCCAACUCCUACGUGCAUCGUGCGGGCCGAACCGCCCGCGCUGGACGACCCGGCAAAGUGGUGUCACUGAUGAGCGAAUUUGACGUGCCCAGAGUGGAGGAAAUUGAGAAGCGAAUCGGCAAACAGCUGCAACUGCUCGAAACGAAGGAGGAGGAUGCCAUCAAGCUGCUUUCCAAGACGAGCAAAGCCCAACAGCGGGCCGAACUUCUACUGUCGGAGGUUGGCUUCACAGAUCAAGCAUCGGAAUACCGAGGUUCAUUGAAGGCCAAAAGAUCUGAUGCCAAAGCUGGCCAAAAAGCUGAGGCUGCCAAGGCCAAGGAUUCCAAGGAUGUCAAGCUACCUGAGGCUACACUGAAACCAAAGAAGACGCUUGGAAAGAAGAAGGUCAAGAAGCCAACAGAGAAGCCGGAGAAGGUGCCCAGCAAGCAGACUCUGGAGGUCGCCAGCUCCAGUAGCCACCAGGUAGCACAACAACCGGGGACGCGAAGGAGCGCGGUGGAGACACUUAUGCUGGACAACCGCAUUCCGGGCUUGUGCGCUGCUAUUUUUCUGCAAUGCAGCAAAAGGCUGAAAAGCAGCGCCUCCACGACCUCGGCGUCCUCGUUCCUCUUCGAUGCCCAAGCGAAAGGCCAAGGCUCCGAGCGCUUGAGCGCGGCCACGGAGGCGGCGGUGCAGGAUAUCGCCAGCGAGAUCUUGGGAGAGGUUGCCAGUUGCCCUGUGGAUCCAUGGGCUUCAAGUGACUCAGAGUCCUCUGAGAAGGCGAUGGGGGAAUCAGAGCAGCCAGCCUUGCAAGAUGCUCCGGCAGCCUCCAUGUCUAGCACAGCCCAAUCGUCUGUUCCAUCAGCGGAACCUGAAGUUGAACUUGAGCCACCAGGCUCCAAAUCGGUCCUGAAGGCGGCGCGACUCCAUCGAGCGUUGCUGAAAGUGCAGACCAAUGCCUCGCAGGGGAAGUUCGCGGAGGCCAUCCAAGACUGCUUGCCAGCCUUACUUGGACCUCAGGAGGUUGUGGACAUUGUCGGAAGCCUGUGUGCAGCAUGGCAGGCCAGCAUCAAGAAGCAGAAAAGAGAACACCAAGAUGCCAUGGAGGCCUUGGUUUCGGAGGCCUUGGAGAUUUGCUGA